CAACAUUUCUAGCUAUGCGCUCCAUCACGCACUGAACGGCCCCUCCACCAUCUGGAAGGCUGAGAAGCACGUGCAGGCGAGCUUCCUGUUUCUAUUCAGCCUUGCCAAGCAGCAAACACAUACGGUCGUCGAAAAGCCCCAUCACGCUGCAUUUCCAUGGCUGCUCCGACGUCGUCGCAGCCGGGCUCAGACGCUCAGGCAUACACUCCUCCAGACGUUAUCGUCACUGACAUGCCCAAGCUUGACCUUGAUCUCUACAUUCAAAACUAUGUCGGCCGAACACGAUACGAGCGCCUGAUCCUCAUUGGCAAGUGCUGUGUGCCACUGCGAGUUGAAGCUCUCAAGGCUGCCGUUGCCGAAGCAAAGAGCGGCUCAGACAUCACUCGCUAUAACGAUGCGUGUGCUCUGCUCCGCGCAGCUGCUCCGGAUGAUCCCGAUGCGCAGAGGGAUGGCGCAUGGAUAGAGAACACCGAGAUUGCCAACAGAAACGAAACUGCUCGCUUGGAGACAGAACUUAAAGGGUACAGGAACAAUCUCAUCAAGGAGAGUAUUCGGAUGGGCAAUGAAGAUCUCGGUAAGCAUUUCGAGAGUAUAGGCAAGCUCUCUGAAGCUACGGAAGCAUAUAACAAAAUGCGCCACGACGUGAGCACGACCAAACACAUCUUCGAUUGCGGCAUGCACCUGGCUAGCGUCGCUUUUCAGCGCCAUGACUGGGCCACCGUGUUGAGCAACGUUGGCAAGAUAUCCAACAUUCAAAGCGGAGACGAUGAGCAAGAACAGCAGGCCUACACCAAGGUGGCAUCGGGUGUUGCCUUGAUGGGAAUGGGGAACUUCCACGAUGCGGCCAUGACCCUCAUCCAUACUAACCCCAAUGUGUCCCCAACGGAAUACAGCACAGUCGCGAGUCCCAACGAUGUCGCCAUCUAUGGAGGUCUCUUGUCUCUGGCAACCAUGGACAGGACGGCUUUGCAGUCUCGCAUACUGGAUAAUCAAUCCUUCAGGACAUUCCUAGAACACGAACCGCAUAUUCGAAAAGCUAUAAGCUUGUUUGUCAACGGCAGGUACUCGACUUGUCUCUCCAUCUUGGAGUCUGUGCGGGCAGACUAUCUGCUCGACAUUUACUUACAACCACAUGUUCCUGCAAUUUACUCUUUGAUUCGCGAAAAGUGUAUUGUCCAAUACUUUAUACCCUUCUCGUGUGUCACGCUGGACAGCUUGGACGCUGCAUUUGGAAAACCCAGCCAGUCCGUUGAGCCAGAGCUCAUCAGGAUGAUCCGUGAUGGGUCAUUGAAAGCUAGAAUAGAUGCCAAAAACAAGCUUCUGGUAGCCGUAUCCCCCGACCCACGACUAGUGGUACAGACAAAUGCACUUCAUGUGGCACGGAAAUACGAACUGGAAGCCAAGGAGCGGCUGCGGCGCAUGAAUAUUAUUGCUGCAGGCCUCGAGGUCAUUGGCGUCAAGAAGCCACAGACUGGCGGAGUAGGAGGACCUGAGCCCGAUGAGGCUUGGUUUGAAGAGAGUCGCAUGGCCAGCUAUCUGGCCGAGCGUGAGGCUCAGGGUUCUUAGGAACAUCUCAUUGAGGCAAUUCAAACUCAGCAUCGGCAAAGAAGCCUGGCUUUGGCUGGGAAAAAGGGUAAACUUACGUAUUUCCGUACAUAACUAAGGGGAAAGCCGCACAUACUAAUCCGACGGGGGAAUACAACUUGAUUUGCCCUUCCGUGGCGAUCGAGUACUCGAUUUUUCUUGUCAGUCGCCGAUGGCGAAAGGGGAAAUGCUUGCUUCCUGUCCAAAGGGAGGAGGGGAGCCACGGUUAUGACGGCAAACGCCUUUGAGACUUGAACGUUACACGCAUGUUGAUGCAUUAGAUAGAGGGAGGCGCAAGGAGAAACUGGGCUCUUUUUUUUUUUUAUUGAUGUUUGUAACAUUCAGCAGCCCCCAAUUAUUAGAGGC